AUGUUUUUUCCAACGUAUAUAUCCUUUCUCAGCACUCUAUUGCUGAUUAUUGUGCCAAAAUGCUGUGCUUUACCUAUACAACAAGGCUUUAUCGAGAUAUCCGGUCAAUCAGCCUUCAUGUCUAUACUGAUAACAAUUGUACUUGGUUAUAUUUCUCAUAUUGUCACCGUUAGAUCUGUAACAGGAUUAAACCAUCAAUCUACCACUGAACGACGGUGUAUGUGCUUUGUAUUCCCUACACUGGGUAUUUCACUUGCUAUGAAAUAUAUAUACUCUGUCUAUUAUGCAGACCGGAUCCUUGGAAUCGACAAAUGCAAACCGUUUUUGGAAAGAUACGAAGAUGAAAUAAACAAAGUCGUUGGCAAUAGACAAGACACUUUUCAAAGUCAUGUAUCAUUAUCCGUGAGCCAAAGCCCAUCCGACAAUCACAUUAUAGCAGCAGAAGGUUUAAGUGGAGACUUUGAUACCGAAACUGUAUUCCCCGGCGUUACCCAACUGAAGAACUGGCUUGUAGACGAAAUGGCAGACAGCGGAAUUUACUAUCAGAAAUACGACAAUGCACCUUAUAUGGCAUCCCUUCUGCACAGCUUUGGCCCAAAAAAAGCAAAGAAGAUAAAACACUGUAUUCUUAACCAGCAUAUACUCGUUGGAUUUGACUCUGCAGUCUACAUGCAUUCCCCAUUUAAUAAUGUAAUGUUAACCAGUGAUAUAUCAGUCAGUGGUCCAGGAGGAUUCAAUCAAUACCAAACAUCUAUAAACCCUAGUUACAUUCGUUUUCUAUCAAUCGCCAUGAUAAGCCAACUUGAAGAAACCUACACGCUAGAUGACAGUUCAUACACCGAGAUAUUUAUCACCUUUUCCCAGUUAAUAUUUAUCUUGCUCAAGUGUAUUGAAACCGAAGGAGAUCGGUGGACCAAGUCAAUUAUGAUUAUUUACACUGCAAUGUCAAUUCUUAAUACUCUCUCUCUCGUUAUUCUACACAAGCAGCUAGAGCCCUUUAGUUUGCAUUAUAGCUCAAAUAUUACGCUAAAAGAAAUUGCAGAGGACUAUGACAUAAUCACAAAAAACACAAACGAUUUGCUUUAUAUUGAAGAUACCCAGGAUAUACCCAGUCAAUUCGGAAGCGAAGAUACGACUGACUUACUGUAUACAGGCAGCUUUUUACACUUUAUUCUGGAGGGAGGCAAGCUUGGUAACAAAUCUGGCGGGGGAAUAUUCGAAUUGGACGAUUUCAACCAUGGAGGAUAUUGUAUAUUUGGAGGAUUACUAGGGUCUACGCUUAUUUUUAUCUGGGCUGAUUACACUAGUUAUAAAGUAACUGAAUGGCUAGUAUUGUUCUGGGUUGCAUGCUCUGUAAUUAUUAGUUCCGUAGAGUACUUUGACUUUAUUCGUCAAACAAGUUCAAGCUGGCUCUUGAAAAUGUGUCUUAUUCCUAUUGUGGCAUGUAGCUUCGUUUGUAUUAUUAGCGCAACUAUUAUUGGAUAUUCUACAAAAUAUAAAAGCUAUUAA